AUGGACGGUGCUGUUGGUCAGGGCGGAUCUCUGCCCGGCUUUGGGGUUCUAGCUAUGUUUGCGUAUUCGCGGUCUUAUAUCGUAAGAAAGGAUGAACAAUUUGAUACUGCGUCAGCUGACACAUCCGGAGUUGACAAACGGCAACCAGGUGCAGGAAGUACAACCAACAGGACACAGCGCGAGUCUCGACGAGAGUCAACGUCACGGAGUGGUCAGGGUCCACUCCAGUGUUAUAUUUGUGGAAGACGUUUUGAAUUUAAAUCAAAUUUUGACAGACAUUAUAGAACUCACACUGGCGAAAAACCUUAUGAAUGUGACGAGUGUCAAUGUCAAUUUGUUCAGAAGAUUAAUUUAACAAAUCAAAGGAGAACUCACACUGGCGAAAAACCUUAUGAAUGUGACGUGUGUCAACGUCGAUUUGUUCAGAAGAGUCAUUUAACAAAUCAUAGGAGAACUCACACUGGCGAAAAACCUUAUAAAUGUGACGUGUGUCAACGACGAUUUAAUCAGAGCAGUAGUUUAAACGCACACCGUAGAACUCAUACUGGUGAACAACCUUAUGAAUGUGACCUGUGUCAAUGUCGGUUUGUUCAGAAGAUUAAUUUAACAAAUCACAGGAGAACUCACACUGGCGAAAAACCUUAUGAAUGUGACGUGUGUCAACGUCGAUUUGUUCAGAAGAGUCAUUUAAUAAAUCAUAGGAGAACUCACACUGGCGAAAAACCUUAUGAAUGUGACGUGUGUCAACGACGAUUUAAUCAGAGCAGUAGUUUAAACGCACACCGUAGAACUCAUACUGGUGAACAACCUUAUGAAUGUGACCUGUGUCAAUGUCGGUUUAAUAUGAAGAGCACUUUAUUAUCACAUCAUUUAACUCAUACUGGUAUAGAAAACCUAUGUAUGUGA